AUGAGGAGAUCGUGGCAUGGAAGCAAAAUUGACAUGAGUUUAGCACUGAAGAGAAAAUUAUGUGUUCUUGGAAGGAAGGAAGGGUGUCAAGGUAAGAAAGAAAAGGUUUGCAAGAAGAUUUGGCUGAGAAAAGAGAGAGAGAAAGGGAUGGGUGGCUUGAGUGUUUCUUCCGGCAGCUUGACAAAGACUCUGUCAAGUGUUAGAACAAUCUGCCAGAACAGGGAAAAUGGGGAAGAAGGGUGA